AUGGGUAUUUCUCGUGAUUCUCGUCACAAAAGAUCUGCUACAGGUGCUAAAAGAGCUCAAUUCAGAAAGAAGAGAAAGUUCGAAUUAGGUAGACAAGCUACCAACACCAAAAUCGGUACUAAGAGAAUCCACUCCGUCAGAACCAGAGGUGGUAACAAGAAAUACAGAGCUUUAAGAAUUGAAACUGGUAACUUUUCAUGGGCUUCUGAAGGUGUUGCUAAGAAGACCAGAAUCGUUGGUGUCGCUUACCAUCCAUCCAACAAUGAAUUGGUUAGAACUAACACUUUAACCAAGGCUGCUAUUGUUCAAAUCGAUGCUACUCCAUUCAAGCAAUGGUACGAAUCUCACUACGGUGCCUCUUUAGGUAAGAAGAGAAAUGCUAAGGAUGAAGAAAUCGUUGCUCCAUCUAAGAGUGCUGAAAAGAAAUGGGCUUCCAGAGCUGGUUCCGCUAAGGUUGAACAAGCUGUUGAAUCUCAAUUCGGUGCUGGUAGAUUAUACGCUGCUAUCUCUUCCAGACCAGGUCAAUCCGGUAGAUGUGAUGGUUACAUCUUAGAAGGUGAAGAAUUAGCUUUCUACUUAAGAAGAAUGACUGCUAAGAAAUAA